AUGAAACGGAGAGGACUGGAUGGAUAUGGUGCUAACGGGAAGCGAGUUGGACUAGCUUGGAAUUUACUUAAUCCCUCUUCCUCAUUAACCCCCGCAUCAUCUGUCCCUUCUGGUGCAAACAUUCGUAUGGGUGGGGCACCCCGCGGUGCUCUUUUUAAGGGUCUUCUAGGAGGACCACCUGCCUGUCUGUCUGUGCACUGCUACUUUCUUCGCUGUUCUCUCAAAAUACCCAGCCUAGAAACUUCUUACCUUCUGGCAUCAAUGUGUGAAGUGGAUAAACGGACACCGAUUAGUGGCCACUGUAUAGGUCAGUUAUCGGUGCAUGGACCUCUCCGAUGGCGAUAA